CAUGUUGAACCGCACCUGAAAGGUCACAGGAAGCACAUGUAAACAAAGAGGGAAAACUUGUUUGUAAACAAUGUUCAAACUAUAUAUUGAUGUUUGAUUAAAAAUGGAUAACAAGAUGGCCGACGAAAUGGAGGAAGAUUUUGACGAUGAAAAUGAAUGUGAUGAAGAAAGUAGCAUUUCUGAGAACUUUGUAAAAACAGCCAUUACUGGUCGUGGUGUUACUUUACAGAUGCUUAUUAUUGAUGGCAUUAUAGAACCAGGCAAUGGACUUCUGACACUUAAAUAUUUAGGAAGGAAGUUCAUUGCUGACCUACUGCCAAAUGGUAAAAUAAUGACGCCAGCCACCAAAGAGAUGUUUGGUACACCAAGUGCUUGGGCAGCUCAUUGUAAACGUCAGGUUAACCCCCUGAAAAAGUCUGGUUGUGGAUGGAAUUCUGUGAUGUACAAAGGUAAAAAGUUGGACAUGUGGAAGACAUCUUGGUUCCGUAAACAUAGACCAGGUAGUCCUGCUAGGAGGGAGUCUGUUUCGCCAAGAGUUUUUAUGAUGGAACAAAAUGGUGAAAGGCCUGGAAGUGCAGCCAGUAUACAAAGUAACCAUAGUGACCGUCCUAAAGUAUUUGAUUUCAGCAAUCUUGCCAGAGGUGUGUCUAAAGACCACAAUGACCAGCAAAAUGGAAGAAGUCAGAAUGGCCAAGUUUCAAAUUCAGCAACAGAAUUCAAAGCAAUACCUCCUCCAAUUGACCUCAGUGUGAAAUCCUCAAUGGAUAAUGGCAAUGAUUCUGCUCAUAGAAGUCCUGGAGACAAUAACAAGCCUGAGAUACAAGAAGAAGCUUUAAAUUUGUCAAUGAAGGAACCAGAGAAAAAAAGUACAAAAAUUGAAACAGGAAACAAGGAAGCAAGAGUAAAACAAAUGGUAUCAGUUCAUCAUUCCAACUUGAGGAAAGGGAACCAGGACUUAAAGCCUGGUACCUUUGUGUUGUGUGAAUCAUUUAAAUCAUUAGGAAAGACCCAGCCAUUCACAGUAUCAUUAUCAACUAAUGUUUUAUUACUUAUGGAUUUUCAUUGCCAUCUUACCUCAAAUGAAGUUGUUGGAUACCUCGGUGGAACAUGGAAUACACAAACUCAACAUUUAAGUAUAAUAGAUGCAUUCCCAUGUAAAAGUCAUUUGUCAGACGGACAUAAAUCUGCUGAUGUUGAAGAAGAGAUUAAAAGGAUGAUGAAGAGACGAGGAUUGUCAUUGGUCGGUUGGUAUCAUAGCCAUCCCUGCAGCCAACCAGAUCCUUCAAUACGAGAUAUAGGUUGUCAGAUGUCAUAUCAACUUCGUAUGAAGGGAUCUGGUGCUACAUAUUACCCCUGUGUGGGUAUCAUUACAUCACCAUUCCACAAAGUCCAGUCCAGUAUUGAUUCCAGCUACAAUAUGUUUAUGGUUAUGCCUCCAUUAGAGGAAGAGCCAGCAGACUGUGGUAUACCUAUGAAAGUAGCAUAUGUACUCAAUCAAAACCAAUCAGUCACUGAGGAACUGCUGAGUGAGAUGAAAAAAGUUCGAGAUUUUUACCGAGGGACUGAUGACUGGAUAAACUUCAAUCAUUCCUGGCAAUCAUCAAUCAAAUAUAUUGAUAAACUCAAGGAAUCAUUGAGCAGAAAACUACCUGCUGAUCAGAUGGAUAGUGGAACACUGCUAGAUUUUGUAGAACACCUUGUUCUGAAUAAUUAAUGGUUAUUAAAGUUGGAAUUUCUUAUAAAUCGAAUGAUAUUUUGGACAGAGAAAUGUCAAGAUUUUAUGGAAUGGAAAUUGUGGAUGAUUAACUACAUCAGAAACAAAGGCCUGAAAUAUUAGACAUGAAACUGUUGAUAUUCUUACUGAUGAAAUUAUGAGAAAAAAACAAGUACUGUGGAUUCUCUUAUUUUCUUGGCUUCCUAUUUUCAUGGAUUCAGGAGAACUGACCUUUUAAUAAAUGCCAUUUGAUUUCGUGGUUUUGUCAAAGUCUGCAUACAUUCUAAUAGAAAAUUUGUAAUUUGUUGUAAAUGAUAAUUUGUGGUUCCCAGGUUACCAAAAAAUUCCACGAAAUUUGGUAUCGAAAGAAUGAUAAUGAAUCCACAGUAUUUAAAAUUUGUUGAAGAAAACUAUGGAUUCUGAUCUCAAUGAUAAUUGUAUUUUCAUGAUGUUUUCAUUUUCAAGUUUUUUUUAUACAAGUUAAGGCAUUUAAAAAAUCAUUAAUGGGCAUUUAAGGAAAUUUGGUUGUAAGCGCGAAGCAAAAAAGUAUUUUAUUGAUUGAGAUGUCUCUAAGAAUGAUUUUUUUUAUUUAUCUUUGUACAAAUAUGACUAGUGGGAAUAGAAUACUGCUUAACCUAGCCAGUUGCAAUAAUAGCAAAUUGGAAGGCAAUAAUACUAUAACUCAGUAAUAAAAUUAAGUCAGCAAUAAUCAUAGGGACAAACAGUAUGCUGCUUUGCUUUGUAGAUUUGUAAGAAUGUGGCAAUAAGAAUUGUUAUAAGUAAACAUGGAAUUGCCAAUUUUGUAAAAAAAAAACAUGUCUAAGGAUUAAGGAUUACAAAGUUGGUAUAGGGUAAGUUUAAUAGGUUUUAGACAUUUAAUUGUGAAAAUAGUCCAUGAAAUCUGAAAUAUAUCAUAUAAUAUAAUUUAUCUUUAUCUAUGUGUAAACUUGUGACAAUGCUUUAAAUUGUAUAUUAUGAUUAAGGAAAGGGCAUUAGUCAAUUGUUGGUUUUUUUUUGUAAAGUUUUGAAAUAUUUGCUGAGAAAUCAGCCACUUUUAAACUUCUAUAAUGCAGUUUUUUUAUAAAAUGUUAAGUAGGCUUAAAAUCUUACAUAUGGUAUCCCAGUAGGGUUUUGGGUCAAACAUAGGCUAGAGGCAACUAUAUGCUAUCAUAGUAGACUUUGGCCUAUAUUAGGCUUGUGACCAGCCCUAUGCCAAUUGCAAGCUUGAGGUUCAUCAUAUGCUUCUGUGGAUUUAUUUAUUUGCAUGGGUAUCAAUUUUUGUGGAUUCAGUAAACAUUGCAUUUUGUGGAUAUAUGGUUUUGCCAAUGUUGAAUACAAGCCUAUAGAACAUUUGUAUUUAAUUGAACAUUUGAAUUCAGUGUCCACCUUUACACAUUAAAAUCCACAUUAAUUGACAUCCCACAAAUAAUAAUGAAUCCAUAGUACGAUAUUAGACCUUGGGGCCAAUUUUAGACUUGAUGCCUUUACAAUCAAACAAUAAA